CUCAACGCGAUAAUUGAAGCAUCAAACUCUUUUAAAACGUUGGGAAUAUGUUCCUUCGACGUAAAAUACGACAAAUUUAUUUAAUUAAUAAAAAGAAUUCUUUUGAUUGAUAUUAUAAAUCGGAAAAUGGAUAUAAAAUGUCACAAAUUUCGAGCUUUUUCUCCCAUAAAAAUGAAAUUGGCUGAUUUUAUUAAAAGAAAUAUGGCUGAAAUCUUGCGUCACAGAGCAAACCCAAUUUCUUGCAAAAAUUGAAGUCAUGGUUCGAAGACGGCGAAAUUCGUCAUUUUCUACUCCUUUGCACCAUUAUUUCUCAUUUGCGAUUUGAGGUGCAAACUCUUUACCAUGGAGUUGGAAGUAGUGGAGUUUGGCGAUGUACGGCUGGAGCUGCCACAAGAUAUUUGCUGGGAUUAUUCUCUUCUGGCUGAGAUCAUUUCUCCAGAGACAUGGAACAAUUGCCUCACAGAAGAAAAUAGAGAAGAACUAAUGAACUAUCUACCUACAUUCCCUGAAAAUGAUCUGGAAUUGAAGACUCAUACAUUGGAAAUGUUCUUCAUGGACGUCAACUUCAGACAUGGCACACCACUCAGAAACUUCCACCGACUGCUUCAGUCUGGCUAUUUCAACCCAAACAUUGCCAAGCAGCGCAAAAAGAGAGAGCAAAUCAAUAGAAAAAUUUGGAGGCACGAGCAUGCAGAGUACCUGAGAUGUACAUUAGAGGCAACCAUCGUGCGGCGGCAGCAGUACAUUGACUUGGCCAAAACCCUGGGCCCAGACUGCCGUCCUGUGCGCAUCUCUCAGCCAUCAACUAGUCUCAUGAGCAUAAAUGGAUAUAAUUCAUCUGCCCAAGCUAGUAGUAUUUGCUCAACAAGUUCAUGGAAGGCAACUCUUGACCAAAAAACUAAGAAAAGAUACUUCCGUGAGCUCCUGGCAGCUAAAUCUGAAGCAGGACUUUCUGCAGAGCUGUCAGAAGAUGAAAACUAUCCAGAGGGAGGAGGAGCUGUGUUGAGCAAGAAGCAGCGUCGGCUGCUGUGCAGUGCUGAGGCCAGCCUACCUCAGAAGCUCCUGCCAAUACGACACACUCAUUCCAGUGGCAGCUUUGGUAGAGAUCUGGAGCUGGCCAUGACAAUGCAGUACAAUCCUCUUGAGCUUACUGAGGCCAAUUUCGACGAUCUCUUAACUAAAUACAUCUAUAAGAAACGCACCAAGAGAAAGAAUGGGGAGUACUGCUUAUGGAGUGAUAUUUCCGGCAUCCGAUUGAAUGACAUCGUCUGGCGCACAUGUGAGAGCAGCAAGCGUCUCCCCGCUGGCGUGUCUGUAGUCCGUACCGACUAUAAAUGCUCCUCAAAAACCAAAGUGAAGAAAGAACGCAUAACGCAUGAUACUGGAAGUAGAAGCUGGAGUCCCAUAACGACCCUCAAGACAGAAAACCUGGAUGAUGAGGAUGAUGAACAAAAUGUUCUAAUUGAUAAUGAUCAAGAUGGAGAUUCCUUGUCUGCCUUCAGUCGUUACGUGUCGCUGGGGUCUGGAGAGGUCAAGAAUGAAGCUAGCUCCACUGAAGGAGACUUCAAGGGCAGGAAGAGACUCAUGAAACUUGGUAUCCUGCCUUCUAUUAAGAAGAAGGUACCGGAACAAAGCUCGAAGGAAAAAACUGUCAGCAAUGGUGCAGCAGUCAAGGACGAGCCUCCAGACGACCGCCCUGUGGCUAGCCAAGACUCUCUGUUUCUUAAUAGCAGAUGUGGCAGUGAAGAGAUGCAGGUCUCCGUACUACCGCAGACGCACGCAUGCUUCUUUUGUUUACUGCGUGACAUCAUUUGUCAGCCAAACGACCAGCGCCUUACCAGACCUCAGCUUGAAUGCUGUGUUGAGGCCUGGCAACAGUCCAUAGUUACUUCUGGCAAUAACUGGUCAAGUAACACCUGGCACAGGCAUGUCAGCCAGUUACAUCCUCCCAUGUUGUGGCUCCAAGCUCUGCCCGCUGCCAUUUGUUUUCUGGCCGGGUUCUCACCCGAACUCCAGCCACCAGAUUUCGUGCCGUAUAUUGAAUACAAAGAAACAGUGCAAGCUUACCAGUGGAUUGGUGCAGGCAGAGAUUCUGAUUCAAAGCUGCAGCCUCUAUACCAGCAUUGGAUCACAAACAGGUCGGGCUGGUCCGACAUCUGGCUGCCAAAAGGAGAAGACUCGGCCCAAGGAUCGGUCCUGAGAGAAGAGCUUUUGGAGGAGGAGGCUGAGGAGGAUGAAGGGGAAGAAAGCAUUCCAUUGCCCCGCUUCCCCACAAAUUGGGUGGUGCAGCCGUCAUCUGAGGAAGAGAAGAAUUUUUUCCGAGCGCAAGAAAAGAUUAGAUACGAGCGACCUCACAAAGCCUUCACCUACAGAGUGCACGGAUACGAGGCGGUGGUUGGGCCAGUGAAGGGCAUCUACUCGCAGCACAGCGGCCCCAACAAGGCCCGGGGACAUUCUCUGCUCACGUCAAGCCGGCCUGCUUAUGUCACCAUACUGGCUCUGGUGCGAGACGCCGUAGCCCGCCUGCCAAACGGAGAAGGCACUCGGGCGGAGAUCUGUGAGCUGCUGCGAGAGUCGCAGUACGUCGCACCGCUGCAGUCCACGGCCGCCGAGGGGGCGCUGAACAGCGUCGUGUCUGGAGCUCUGGACAGACUGCACUACGAGCAGGACCCUUGCGUCAAGUACCUCGCCAACAAGAAGCUCUGGGUCUACUUGCACAGAAACCGCGAUGAGAAAGAGUUCGAGCGCAUGCACCACCUGCAUGGCCCUGGCACGCCGCGGACCAAGAAGCUCACAGUCCGGCGGCACGGACGCCCCAAGACCCCCAGCAGGGAGGGGGUCAAACCGCCCCCCAACGUCGCCCUCGACCCCCUCAAUACUUCCGCCAAGGUUGAAGGAGUACAAGUGGCGAUGUUACCUGAAGAUAUUCUAGUCAAGCGCGACGUGAGCAACCAAGCGCUGAGCGGGACCGUGGCGAGCAACAUCAGCAGCACGAUACUCAGGAACAUCAACAGCAACAACAAUAAAGCUGCUUUGCUUAGUUCCAUCAAUGCUGUUGCAGGACCACAGGUUUCGUACACUGCAGGCAGUGUGCAGCACACUCUCCUUAGCACAGGCCAAAGUUCUCUCAUCAAUAGCAACAAUGCUCUCCCAAACUCUACCAAUACUGGUUCCUCCAUCUACACUGGCUCCGCAGUUGCAAUAAACUCUGGAUCCACUUUCACCGUCAAGGGAUUGCUAGUCAAAUCCACAGCGUCAUCAACACCUGCAGUAACCUUAUCUUCUCCAGCACUUAUAACGACAGCUGCUCAAAAUACAAUGUCUAUUGGGGCUUUUGUUACGGCCACUAUUUCUGGGGCUCCCAUAUUCUCGCUGUCGACGUCCACGCCCUCAAACACAGUUCUUAAGGUUGCCGGCGGGAGCAUGCGCACUAUAAUGGCAAGUAACCUGCAGACCAUCCAAGUCUCGACGGCCUCAGGCAUUCAAACCAUCAGGGUUGCGCUCCCAUCUACAGCUCUUGGCAAGGGAAAUGUUAUCAGCAACGUCAGUGAAUCAGGCGGCACUGUGUCCAAUACCCCCAGUAAGCGUCUACCUCAACAGCUCGGCCAGCUCAUACAGACAUCCACUGGCACUCACUUCAUUGCCACAGGUGGAGGCAGAGGAAGCCUGAACAUCGCGCAGUUGAGUCAAGUGACGACGCCAGUGAAACGAACGCCCGGUCAGUCGCCUGCCAUCGUGCGUCUCAGCUCAUCAGUUCCAGCACUGAGUGGUGCUGCCACCCUCCAUGAAACGGCAUCACUUCCUACCACAUCGACAGUUGUCUCCAUGAGCAUUGGACCCACAGCGUCUGUCGGCUCCCCACGGGUUUCUGUGCGGUCGCUGGGUAGCAGCAGCGCCAACCUUCCGACUGUGCUGAGCAACCUGAGCUCUACACCCAACCGAGGUGACAUGACGGUACGGAACUUGUCCCACGCGGCGUCCAGUACAAACACCUGCACCAGCCCCAGUGCCACCACAGUGACGGUGAGCGGCACCACGCGCUUCCAGAGCAUCGCGCCGCAGCAGCUGGCGGGCCUUAAGCUUGUACAGGGCGCAGCUCACUUGCAGCCUGGCAUUGGGCAGAAGCUGGUCGUGUCUGGCAACAAGGUGCUCCUGCAGGGCGGCAAGGUGAUGCAAGGAAAUGUGCAGCAUUUGGUGACUUUACAGCCACAAAAGCAGCCGCUCUCUGUUGCAUCAAGCAGCAGCGGCGUGCAGAGCGCCACGUUUGUGCCACAAAGCUCGAGCAGCGCGGCUCAGACUGGCGUCCAUCAGCAGCGCCUCAUCGUCGCACCUGUCACGCACUCCGCUGCAGGGAAUAAGCAGGCGACGCGAGGUGUGGGCAACUUGAUCAGCAUCGGCAACAAAGUCAUCCUUGCUGCACAGAAUGUAUCUCAGGGCGGACAAGUGAUCGUCUCUGGGGAUAAGCUCGGUCAGGUGUUGAUGAACGGUGAGAAAAUUACUGGCCAGGUUCUGAACAUCGGAGGACAACAAGUGCUGGUCACUGCCCAGGGAGGAUCGAACACCGGUCAGCUGCAACAACAAAUCGUGCUGCCUGCUAGCACAUUACAGGGCGGCCAGAUUUCAAUCAAAGGGCUUCAGGCCUUUCAUACGCUAAAGGUUAUGCCAAGUGGUGGAAGCGUGAGCACUUCGACUGUAAGACCUCAGUCACAGGCUAACCUGACAGCAACGCGAGUUAGCAAGCCCAUGGUUGCUCGAAUUGUUCAGCAAACGCCCGUUCGGCCCAGCGGCGCUCAUCAACUUGCUAAAAUUCUUACCAAAAGUACCAGUAAACCAGGAACGGAUCCAAGUCCGCCGCAAAUGAUACCAACAUAUACAUCAAUAUCGACCUCUACAAGCAAGGGCUUGACGCCGGUGCAGAAUGUGAUCAAAUCUAAUGGAAAAACCGUUGAACAAUCGACUAGUAUUUCGGCAGCCAUCAGUAUAGAUCAGAAGGUGUUAGCCAGCAUUAUUUCUUCUAAUUCCAGUAGUUUCCGAAAUUCUCCUAAUUCUUCGUGACGUGAAUAACUGCACAGCGUUAUGCAAUGAAAAAUUUUAUGUAGUAUCACGCAUGAGGUUUAUUUUAUACAUCGUUAUUGCUCUAUUUAUUGUGAAUUUUCUUUUUCGUUUGUAAACUGGAGCUAAUAUUUAGUACAAACGUAUGCAAAGAAGC